CGCCUGCAAGCUCUGAUGAUUUUAAAUUUUAAUUUGAGUUUUAAUGCGAUUUUAAAUAAUAUUUUAGCAAUUUUAUAGAAGCAAACUAUAAUAUCAUGAAUACAUUUUUAUUUUAGCUAAAAAUGGACACCGAUUUUAGUUUUUAUGAGAAGAUAGCUGAUGGCUGGGAAAGGACAGAGACUAAAAAUAGUGUGCCUUAUUAUGUCAACCACAUUACAGAAUGUACAUCAUGGGAUCAUCCAUACUGGCUCAAGAUUCUAGAAGGACUGAAGGACUAUAGCAGUGUGAAAUAUGCAGCUUACAGAACAGCCUUGAAGAUAAGACACAUUCAAGUACAGCUACAAUUGCACAAAGUAGACUUGUAUACCAUUCAACAAGAAUUGGAAGAUCAAGGUCACAUGUCAGGGUCAAAUGGAGUGAUACAAUGUGAUGACCUUUUGACCUUACUGACAAACAUAUAUCAUAGUUCACAAGGUAGACAUGAGAAAGUAGAGGUGGCAGGAAUGUUGGCAGAUCUAGCUCUGAACUUGCUGUUGAAUGUACUGGAUAAGGACAAGUCUGGUGUUUUGUCUAUCAAAGCUGUCAAAUUUAUUCUUGCAAUAAUGUCAUCAGCAAAUCUUUCUGAGAAAUACAGAUUUUUCUAUCAAGAACUACAUGACCCCAGUACUUAUAUUGGAACCCAGGCACUUACAGUAUUUCUUCAGGCUGUCAUGAAGUUACCAGAUUUUCUUCACGAGAGUUUGGCAUUUGGUAGAACAAGUGAGCCUGCGGUAGCUAGCUGUCAACAAAUGGGGAAGACAAGUGGAGGAAUCACAGAGGAUGUAUUCUAUAGAUGGUUACAAAAAGGACCGCAGACUGUUAUAUGGUUACCAACGCUGCAUAGAAUAAUCUCUUGUGAGAAAGUGAACCAUGAUGCAAAAUGCAACAUUUGUAAGAAGUACCCAAUAACAGGACUGAGGUACAAGUGUUUAAAGUGUUUCAAGUUCAACAUAUGUCAGAACUGUUUCUUUACUGGUAAAACAAGCAAGAGACACACAGCCAAACAUCCUACACAAGAGUACUGUACAAAUUCUACUGCAAAAGAUGAGGCUGCAGCCUUCAUGAAAACUCUGAAGAACAAUCUGAGUCGUAAACAGAGGAAAAAAUCAUGUAUCAAAUACUUGCCUAUAGAAGCUGACAGCCAGUACACUAAUCUAGCAUGGUCACCAGGAAAGGAGGAGCCAGACAGAGACAUUCAUUCGGACAUUUCUGAAACUGCAAGGAAACUUGCUCAAUUAGAGCUUGAUAACGAUACUGAAAAUAUGCCUGAGACACAAAGUAGUCCAGAAAAUAUUAAUGAGCCAGAAAGUAGUCCUGAAAUAUCCCAUCCUACCAGUUUAUUCACUAAUAAGGAGAAUUUUUCACCUAAAGAUGACGGCUUACAGAAAGAAAGAGAUGAAUUAAAUGCAAUUAUUAGAAACCUUGAGGAAGAAAACAGGAUGUUAUAUGAACAAAUGAUAGCCUUACAACAGACCAGUGAUACAGAAAGUGUUACAUCAGACAGUAACUGUUAUCACUCCGGACAAAAAACACCAACAUCUGCUAUCAUGCAAAGAAUAUUACGAGAGACUCAGAAUCUGCCAGUGCGGGAACCAUUACCUGUUGAAGCCACGCCCAUCUUUUUAAGUGUGCCAAUCAUAAGUGUGAAUGGUUACCAGAGUGGUGAUAGUUUCUCCAUAAGUCCAAAAUCUUCUGUUUAUUAUGCACCAUCAAUUCAGCAACCUGAUUUUUCUCUCACCGAUUCAAGCACCUCGCCAUACCAUACCCUUAAGUCACAAAGGGACUUCACUCCACCAAACUCCCCACGAAGGGGGCUAACUCUUGCUGAUAGUUUAGAUGCCUUAGAAACUAGUCCGUCCAGAUUCAGUCUUCCAUCGCCAACAAAGAGCUAUGACGAGUUCAAUAGUGAGGAGGCAGAGUUACGUGCCCUUGUUAACGAAGCUGACCAAAUGUUCCCACAGGACAUGUCAUAUGGCCAGCCUAAGUCAAGACUUGGUGGAAGUGAUGAUGACAUGUUGAGAGCUGCCAACUCUAUUCAGACUGCUAUGUCUGACUUUGUGAACCAAGCUGUUAACAUUCAAGUUCCGAUGUAGACCAGUCUGAGUAAUCAAGUUCCAACAUAAACCAGUCUGCGAAAUCAAGUUCCAAUGUAAACCAGUCUGUGAAGUCAAGAUCCAAUGUAAACCAGUCUUUGAAGUCCAGUCCUGAUGUAAACCAGACUGUGCAAUAAAGUUCCAAUGUAAACCAGUUUGUGAAAUCAAGUUCCAAUGUAAACCAGUCUGCAAAAUCAAGUUCCAAUGUAAACCAGUCUGUGAAAUCUUGUUCCGAUGUGAAGCAGUCUGUAAAAUUAAGUUUAGUGUAAACUAGUCUUAAACCAGGCCUGAAAAUCCAGUUAGUCAAUGGAAAUCUGAUGUGAAACAUUUUUAUUAUUUUAAUGUAAACUAGUCCACUUUUAUUUUUAUUUUGUUAUUUUAUCUUUCAAUGUUUUUAACUUAACCAAUCUGUUGUGUUACUUUUAAAUUCUUAAUGUAAUCUGCCUUUUAAAUUCAUAAUUUUUAUUUAACCAGUCUGUUAUUAUUCUAAUAUUAGAUUGACUAUCAGAAAUCAUUUGAAGUUAGGAUCAUAAUUGUAGUACAAUUUCCAAGAGUUGGAGUAAUGUGAUGUUCUUUUUUAAUGAAAUUUUCCUCUUUGUUUAAUUUUUUCAUUUGACAGGCUCUUGUUUUACUAUCUAGCACAGAGAAAAUUGUAACACAUUAUCUUAGUAAAAUAAGCCUGUCACUUGUUAUUCAAAUUCUUUACUUACAGAACUACACCUAUGUAUUAUGGGUUGUGAUGGAAGAUUUCUGACCAAGGCCUUUAGGUUUAGCAUGCUUUUUACUUCCAUUUAUGAAAAAAAUUCUUACAGGGGUCUUGAUUUUUUGAGCACUGAGAAUAGUCAAAAGGGCUAAGCUGUGGCAUUUGGUUAUUACAUUAUAACAUGUUCAAUUUAUCAACAUUUCUGUAAGUGACUUACUAAGUGACUAUUAAGUUUACUCACCAAACAUAUUUUACUCGUUUAAUUAUUACUUUUUUAAUGUAAGGUUGUGGUUUAUUUAGAAUUUUAUUAUUUUAUUGUGUUUUUAUUUACAUUUAUUAAAAAUAUCUAUACUUCAGUUACGUUUUGGUAUUGUAUUAUUCAACUUUCAUGUGUAUUAUAAAUGCGAAAAAGUAAUAUUUUUUUCGUAUAGAAAUUUAUAUUUAAUAAAAAAGAAGGGCAAUAAUUAAUCGUUUGGGUAGAUCCAUGAAGGAAUAAUUGAUUCAGUAAGUAAUGAACCAUGUCACGACAAAACCAACAUAAUGGGCUUGCGACCAGCAUGGAUCCAGACCAGCCUGCGCAUCCGCGCAGUCUGAUCAGGAUCCAUGCUUUUCGCUUACCAACCCUAUUACAAGUAGAGAAACUGAACGCGAACAGCAUGGAUCCUGAUCAGACGCAGGCUAGUCUGGAUCCAUGCUGGUCGCAAACGCACUAUAUUGGUUUUGUCGUGACAUGGCUCAUUAAUGUAUUUUUCAUAUAUGAAUGUUUUAUAUUAAUUGAUGCCUUUUCUUUGCUCACUUGAUUUGACCUUUUAAACUUUUUAUCAAAGUUAUUUUUAUCUUGUGUGUCCUAGAACUCCAUGUAAAGCUAUGCAAUUACUAUAAUAUUUUUUACAAUGCCAAAGUCAAAUUGUCAAAUUGCUAGUCAGUUUUAACUGUAUUUUUUUAAAUGCCUUACUCCUCAAAUGUCAGGUUCUUGGUAUAUAAAUCAUAUAUUAUACUUGUAUGCACAUAUAUGUUAAGUAUUUAAUUACCUAUGUCUUUGCCACUGUAUUCAUUUUAUAUUUAUUUAUAUUUAUAUAUUGCGGGUCAUAUAAAAAGUUAGUGGUGCAAUAAAAUUAAGUGUGUGUUUUAAAAUGAAAAAAAAAACACAACAAAAACUACUAAUAAAAUAAAACAUUAUUUUGCCUGUAGUCAGUAUUUUAAGCUCAAAGCAUGUUCUGUUUUGUUUGUCUUUUGUAGUUAAGGAAUAUAAAAAUUAACUGUUUUUUAACGUCAUCAAAGUGUAUAAAGCUAUAUCUGAUGAAAUAUUUUAUACAAAUAUUGAAACAGUGAAAUUAAGUUGUUUGCACAACCUUAUGGUCCUGUCUUAAAAGAUUUGUAACAUAGAAUGUCUAUGUAAUUUAAUAUACAUGAAUGGUGUACGUAAAUAGAAUAAAACGUUCCAGCAAAAUAUAAUAAUGCUGGCAGGUUUAGCAAUGAUUUCACGCAUGUUCAACUGGCUUCCAUUAAGAUAUACCAACACAUUUCCAUUCUAUGUAUUCUUUUAAUCACAAUUUUAAAAUUGAUUUUCAAAUCCCAAGAUACCAAAUAUAGCUUUAUACACUUUCAGGAUAUUCAUCACUAGUAUUUUUUAUUAUUUUAUUUAACUUGUACAAUGUAUUUUUUGACAAAGAAAUUUUUAUCAUGACAUGUAAGUUCAGGGUUAUUAUUUUAUUAACAUUUAAAAUUCUAGUGUCUUUAUA